AUGUCCGAGGCUGGCGGGGCCGGGCCGGGGGCCGGGCCCGGGGCGCUGCCCCCGCAGCCCCCGCAGCCCCCCGCGCCGCCGCGGCCGCCGCCGCCCGCGCCCCCGCAGGGCUCCUCCUGCGGUCCGGCGACGGCUGUGGCUGCGGCGGGCACGGCCGAAGGACCGGGAGGCGGUGGCUCGGCCCGGAUCGCCGUGAAGAAGGCGCAGCUGCGCUCGGCUCCGCGGGCCAAGAAACUGGAGAAACUCGGAGUGUACUCCUACUGCAAGGCUGAGGAGUCCUGUAAAUGUAAUGGCUGGAAAAACCCCAACCCCUCUCCUACUCCCCCCAGAGCCGAUCUGCAGCAAAUAAUCGUCAGUCUAACGGAGUCCUGUCGGAGCUGUAGCCAUGCCCUAGCUGCUCAUGUUUCCCACCUGGAGAAUGUGUCAGAGGAAGAAAUGAACAGACUCCUGGGAAUAGUGUUGGAUGUGGAGUAUCUCUUCACUUGUGUCCACAAGGAAGAAGAUGCAGAUACCAAGCAAGUGUACUUCUACCUAUUUAAGCUCCUGAGAAAGUCUAUUUUACAAAGAGGAAAGCCUGUGGUUGAAGGCUCCUUGGAGAAGAAACCCCCAUUUGAAAAGCCUAGUAUUGAGCAGGGCGUGAAUAACUUUGUACAGUACAAAUUUAGUCACCUGCCAUCCAAAGAAAGGCAAACAAUAGUCGAGUUGGCCAAAAUGUUCCUAAACCGCAUCAACUAUUGGCAUCUGGAGGCACCAUCUCAACGAAGACUGCGCUCUCCCAAUGACGAUAUUUCUGGAUACAAAGAGAACUACACAAGGUGGCUGUGUUACUGCAAUGUGCCACAGUUCUGUGACAGUCUACCUCGGUAUGAAACCACCCAGGUGUUCGGGAGAACAUUGCUUCGCUCAGUCUUCACCGUUAUGAGGAGACAACUCCUGGAACAAGCAAGACAGGAAAAAGACAAACUGCCUCUUGAGAAACGAACUCUGAUCCUCACUCAUUUCCCAAAAUUUCUAUCCAUGUUAGAAGAAGAAGUUUAUAGUCAAAACUCUCCCAUCUGGGAUCAGGAUUUUCUCUCAGCCUCUUCCAGAAUCAGCCAACUAGGAAUCCAAACAGUUAUCAAUCCGCCUCCUGUGGCCAGGACAGUUUCCUACAAUUCAAACUCAUCUUCCCUUGAGCAGCCGAAUGGAGGGAGUAGCAGUCCUGCCUGCAAAGCUUCUUCUGGGCUAGAGGCAAACCCAGGCGAAAAGAGGAAAAUGAAUGACUCUCAUGUUCUGGAGGAGGCCAAGAAACCCCGAGUCAUGGGGGAUAUUCCAAUGGAAUUAAUCCAUGAGGUGAUGUCCACCAUCACGGACCCCUCAGCAAUGCUUGGACCAGAGACCAAUUUUCUGUCAGCCCAUUCAGCAAGGGAUGAGGCAGCAAGGCUGGAAGAGCGCAGGGGUGUGAUUGAAUUUCACGUGGUUGGAAAUUCCCUGAACCAAAAACCGAACAAGAGGAUCCUGAUGUGGCUGGUCGGCCUGCAGAAUGUGUUCUCCCAUCAGCUGCCCCGAAUGCCAAAAGAGUAUAUCACACGGCUCGUCUUUGACCCGAAACACAAAACCCUCGCUUUAAUUAAAGAUGGCCGUGUUAUUGGUGGUAUAUGUUUCCGUAUGUUCCCAUCCCAAGGAUUCACAGAGAUUGUUUUCUGUGCUGUAACUUCAAAUGAACAAGUCAAGGGCUAUGGAACACAUCUGAUGAAUCAUUUGAAAGAAUAUCAUAUAAAACAUGACAUCCUGAACUUUCUCACAUAUGCAGAUGAAUAUGCAAUUGGGUACUUUAAGAAACAGGGUUUCUCCAAAGAAAUUAAAAUACCUAAAGCCAAAUAUGUUGGCUACAUUAAGGAUUAUGAAGGAGCCACUUUAAUGGGAUGUGAGCUAAAUCCUCGGAUCCCAUAUACAGAAUUUUCUGUGAUCAUUAAAAAGCAGAAAGAGAUAAUUAAAAAGCUGAUAGAAAGAAAACAGGCCCAGAUUCGGAAAGUUUACCCUGGACUUUCAUGUUUUAAAGAUGGAGUUCGACAAAUUCCUAUAGAAAGCAUUCCUGGAAUUAGAGAGACAGGCUGGAAACCAAGUGGAAAGGAGAAAAGUAAGGAGCCCAAAGACCCUGACCAGCUUUACAGCACGCUGAAGAGCAUCCUUCAGCAGGUGAAGAGCCAUCAAAGCGCUUGGCCCUUCAUGGAACCAGUGAAGAGAACGGAAGCUCCGGGAUAUUAUGAAGUUAUAAGGUUUCCCAUGGAUCUGAAAACCAUGAGUGAACGCCUCAAGAAUAGGUACUACGUAUCUAAGAAAUUAUUCAUGGCAGACUUACAACGAGUCUUUACCAAUUGCAAAGAGUACAACCCCCCUGAGAGUGAAUACUACAAAUGUGCCAAUAUCCUGGAGAAAUUCUUCUUCAGUAAAAUUAAGGAGGCUGGAUUAAUUGACAAGUGAUGUUCCCCCUCUGCUGCUUAGAGAUUCAUCAAGCAGUGUGCCUAAUGCAAGGUGGUUUAGUUGUACAAAGAAUUGGACAAAAUAUGUCGAAGAGACUUGUAAUAAUUAGCACUUUUGAAAAACAAACAAAAAACCUCCUUUUAGCUUUUCAGAUAUGUAUAUAAAUUGACAUAGAACAUUUUUAUUUUAUGGAAUAGAUUUUAAUCUAUUUAGUACUAUUAAUGUAAAUUUUCUAUGGCAUGUCCAUUAGACAACUAUUACAAGAUAAAUGGUCAGGGGUUUCCUCAAAACCUGUAUGUGAGGAAAUUGCACAUUAUCUCAAGAUUUGGGGGAUUCUAGAAAAUUUCAGACCAUGAAUGUUUCCAUGUUUUUCUAAUGGAAUGUGAGAAUUUAUUUUUAUUUUAUUCUGAAGGACUAUAAGGAAGGGAUACGUGAUUUUAAAAAACCCAUAAAAGGUGAAAUACAUUUGAAGUCUCGUUGUAGACUUUAUAUAUAUAUAUUUUU